AAUCGCAAUGGCUAAAAAUUUUCCAUGCUUUUCAUUCUAUAUAAUGAGCGAGACUCACUCUUCAAGCUCAGCUUAAUACGCUUCCAGGCCUAAAAUAAGAGUGGCAAAAGAAUGUUUCUCCCAAUCAUUUUCUCCUUAUCUUUCCUAUUUUCCUCCUCCAACGCAGCGGACUUCUGCGUUGGGGACUUAAAUGGUCCUCAAGGCCCUGCAGGUUACUCUUGCAAGAAGGCUGAAACGGUCACCGUAAACGAUUUCGUUUACUCCGGCCUCGGUGCCACAGGCAACACUUCAAACCUCAUAAAAGCUGCCGUAACGGCCUUUUCGGCUCAAUUCCCCGGUGUUAAUGGACUUGGCAUUUCAAUGGCUCGUCUGGAUUUGGCUGCUGGCGGUGUGAUUCCUAUGCAUACACACGCUGGGGCCUCGGAACUCCUUGUUGUCGUUCAAGGCCAAAUUUGUGCUGGAUUCAUAUCCUCAGCCAACAAGGUUUACUUCAAAACUCUGAACAAGGGAGAUAUUAUGGUCUUCCCACAAGGUUUAUUGCAUUUCCAAAUCAAUGCAGGCAAAACUCAAGCCUUGGCAUUUGUAUCCUUUAGCAGUCCCAGCCCUGGUCUCCAAAUCCUUGACUUUGCCUUGUUUGGAGAUGAUUUGCCCACAGACAUUAUACAAGAUACUACUUUCCUCGAUGCUGCUCAGAUUAAGAAGCUGAAGGGUGUUCUUGGUGGAACUGGUUAAGAUAAUAUAAAUUUGUUGUAUCGUUUCUUGUCUUCCAUAAAUUUCGUGUUUUCGAGUUAAUGGUUGUUUGUUUCAAAUUGAUAGCGAACGAGUGUGUAUUGUUGUGCUUCUUUGUGUUUCUUCUCCCAGUUCAUUUGUAUUUUGGUAGGGUAAUUUCUGAGAAUUUAUAA